AUCCUCAUUCAUUCGAAACCAGCCGAGCUAGCCAGACGCAAGCAUCAGUUAAAGUGUUGAAAAUUACUUUUCCAAAUCUAAGAAAAAGAAAAAAAGUAGUAAGGAAAACCUAGUGAUUUUUAAUUUAUCAGUGCCUUCAACCCGCCUCGCAAAAAUGUCGAUCUUCGACAAUCCCGAGCAGCUGCGGCAGCUGCAAAAUCUGCUAAAUCCCAACCAAAGGAGACCCGGGGUCGACUACAGCAGUAGUGAAGAUGAGGACGAGUCCAUGGUGGUUCACAAGAUGACUCCUGGUGGCAUUGGUCCCUCCAAGACCCCAGGUGCCUCUGGCAAGGCAAAGAGUAAAAAGAAGCCAAAUCCUUAUGCCACACCUUUGGUGGAGGAGCAAAAGAAGCUGCCGGAGAGCCUGGAAGAAUGGCAACAGCAGCAGGAACGUGAAGACAAUGACAUACUCGAAUCCCGAAAGACGCCAGAGUAUACGAUGACCUAUCGCCAGGCAGUGGGCACAGAAGAUGUCUUUCUGCAGAUGGGAAAUCGGACGGGCUCUUCGGCCAGCUGUGAAGAUCUCAUACUGGAGAUCUCGCUGCCGGAUGAAGCUAUGACCUCUGAUAAAAUGUCGCUGAGUCUUCAGGAAACGGAAGUGGAUCUGGGCACCAGCUUGUACCGGCUGAGGUUGCCACUGCCUCAUCCUGUGGAUGUGGAUAGGUGCCAAGCCAAGUACGACAGCGAACAGAGAAAGCUCAGGCUUACUCUGAGGCUCAGAAGGGAGCUAGAUUACGUUAAUUUUUAAGAAAAAAAAGUUAGUUAAACGGUUGAGAACCAUUAUUGAUCCAUUCAAGUGAUUGGACCUAAGCUAUCCCAAUACUCUUCUCCUGAUCACAUCCAAGUCAACAUGAAGACUAGUUUCCUUUACACAAUUCCCACAGUAUACCAUAUUCCAAUCAAAGCUACUCUACGGGGAUAUCCAUACCUGUCACAUGAUAUGUUCUCUAUAAUCGUAUAAAAACCAGAUUUAACAACCAUGAACAGCAUUACAAGAUUCCCACAGCAGAACGAUUUUACACUGGCAGCCCGGAUUAUAUAUAUUCGAUGCCCUUCACCUGACCACGGAAGAUAUAUCAGCAGCCCCACAUUAAAACAAGACAACUAACAUGGAAAACAUAACACCUAUCCUCUAAUCAACCCUACAUUACAUUUAAAACAAAAAAGGAAGGCAACACUAACACAAAGGUCGUCUUCAUCAUCGUUGGUAAUUUAAGCAAUACAAUAUUAACAAUAUUACAAUUAUAAAUACGAAUUUAGAUCAUUUUCAUUGGACAUUAACAAGACAAUAUUAAUAUUAACAAUAUUACAAUUAUAAAUACGAAUUUAGAUCAUUUUCAUUGGACAUUAACAAAACGUUUACACCAGCGCCACUAUAUCUAUUUAUCUAUAUCAGUAACACCGCAGUAAUAUUACAAUUAUAAAUACUAUAUCUAUAUCUAUAUCUAUAUCUAUGUAUCAGGGUAUAUCUGUAUCAGUACCUUUAACACACAAGCACAACAGUAACAAUUAUAGUAUAGCAAGUAUUGUAAAAGUUUAGGAAUAAAUUAUCAAAAUUUACAGUGAA